CCCGGCGCAGGGCGGGGCGCAGGGGUGUGGCCGCGGUCACAUGACGGGCCAGGUGCCCGCCCCGGCCCGCUUGUAUCUGGAGUGCCUCUGUCCGGGCCGCGCCGCCUCUCUCUGCACGUGGCGUCGCCGCUGCCUCCUCCAGCCUCUUGUCCCCAGACCCCGCUCCUGCAGCCAUGGCUCCCGGCCAGCUCGCCCUGUUUAGCGUGUCUGACAAAACCGGCCUUGUGGAAUUUGCGAGAAACCUAACUUCUCUUGGUUUGAAUCUUGUCGCUUCCGGAGGCACUGCGAAAGCUCUCAGGGAUGCCGGGCUAGCCGUCAGAGAUGUCUCUGAGCUGACGGGAUUUCCUGAAAUGUUGGGGGGGCGUGUGAAAACCUUGCAUCCUGCAGUCCAUGCUGGUAUCCUGGCUCGUAAUAUCCCAGAAGAUAAUGCUGACAUGGCCAGACUUGAUUUCAAUCUUAUCAGAGUUGUUGCUUGUAAUCUCUAUCCCUUCGUGAAGACAGUGGCUUCUCCAGAGGUGACUGUUGAGGAGGCUGUUGAGCAAAUUGAUAUUGGUGGAGUGACCUUGUUGAGAGCUGCAGCCAAAAACCACGCCCGAGUGACAGUGGUAUGUGAACCGGAGGACUACGCAGCGGUGUCCACAGAGAUGCAGAGCUCUGAGAGUAAAGAUACCUCCUUGGAGACCAGACGCCAGUUAGCCUUGAAGGUGUGGACGUACUUUCAAAAUAUUGUAAAAAUAACUCCAUCUAGUGCGGAGUUUCCAGGACCAAACGUCUGGCUAGUGCUAUGGGACACCUACCCAUGGCUCUGCUUGGAGCUCCUGUUGUUUUGUUAA